AUCUGUUUGAUAUGACUCUCUCACAGUCACACCCCAUAACCAUUCACCUAACAUAUAGUAUUAGUAACAUAAAUAUAUAUAUAAAGUAUAAAUAAUUAACUUACCCUCUUAGUCUUAGUACAUAUUUAAGGCCUCAACACUCUACUCCCAAGUUUGUUUCACACCAUUAUUCUAGCCUAGCUAGAUCCUCUUCAAAUGGCUCAGAAGGUUGUGUUAAAGGUUUUGACUAUGACUGAUGAUAAAACAAAGCAGAAAGCUAUUGAAGCAGCUGCAGAUAUAUUUGGAGUUGAUUCAAUAGCAGCAGAUAUAAAGGAGCAGAAGCUAACAGUGAUUGGACAAAUGGACACAGUGGCAAUUGUGAAGAAGCUCAAGAAAGUUGGCAAGGUUGAUAUCAUAUCUGUUGGACCUGCCAAAGAAGAGAAGAAGGAAGAGAAGAAAGAAGAAAAGAAAGAGGAGAAGAAAGAAGAGAAAAAGGAGGAAAAGAAGGAAGAAAAGAAAUGAAAGAAAAAAAAAAAAAUCCCCAAUACUUAUCUCAUUGGUCUUAUCAAAAUUCUUCACCCUUUUAUUUUUAUUUUUUAUUUUUAAUUGGUUUGCAUAUUUUUCUUAUAUUCAGAAGCCAUUAUAAGAUGCAUAGUUGUCUAUAGUUUUUUUUUUCCCCUUCUUCUUCUCAAAUCUGCUGUUUCCUGCAUAAAUCAAUUGUCAAGAUGCAAAUGAGUUUUUUAAUAAGUAUUCCCAAAAUUUGACUAACAGAGAAUAAAUAUUAGACAAUGUUUUUCAA